AUGACGGAAGCGGUGGAGCAAGGGAAAUACAAACACUUGGUAUUCAACUACAAUGGAGUAGUGGAAGACCGAUGGAAAUUACCAGAAGAGGGGACAGUGAGACUAGACACGGAUGGCUCGGUCAACAAUCAAGGAAGAGCAGCUGGAGGAGGAGUUGUUCGAGACCACCAAGGCUACUGGAAAGUUGGCUUCCAGAGAAAACUUGGAUACAUGCCGUCUACAGCAGCAGAACUAACAUCUUUGCUGACCGGUUUAAGAUUGUGCAAGCAAUACAAAUACCAGAGAGUGGUAGCUUAUACGGAUUCUACGGAGACUAUCCAACUGUUAAUGCAGGAUGGCGGACCCCAGCACCCUUAUUGGGCAGAAAUAGAAGAGAUUAGGGAGCUGAUAUAUUCAGACUGGGACGUAAAGAUAAGACAUGCACCCAGGGAAACAAUCAGAUGUGCCGACUUCUUGGCACGAAUGGCCCACAAUUUGAUGGAGGAAUAUUGUGUAUGGACAAAUCCGCCUACUGGUUGUUUGAACCAACUAGGAUUAGAUUCCGCGCAGCCAAAUAUGGUUAUGGCGGACCGCAGUAGUUAG